GUUUUUGUCCGCUCGCGUGUGCAGGAAGAACGGCACAGCGGCAAAGGCGAUACUCGCGUAUUUUUGAAGAGGCCUUGUCCGCGAGGUUUGACGUUACGGUCUUCUUCCGUGUUUUCUCUUGCCGUUUUCCGUGCUCGUCUUUGCGCCUUUUCGAGUUCCUGCCUCCACUCUGUCUCACGCGCGGUUCCCCUCCCUUGUCUCUUCCCAGGAGGAGCGCCCAACGCCAGCCUACCGCGGCAGAGAAAACGAGGAAAAACCAACCUUUGUCUUCGUCACGCUUUCAGCACCAGUUUUCUAAGGGUCUUUGUGCGCGGAAAAAGGUGGGGAAGCUCGACGUUUCCUCUCUUUUUCUCCUCGCCGAAGACAGGUUCUCUGAGCACCUCGCCCUUCCGAGGCGGCGGCACCCGUUUUUUUGCGCCUGUUUCUCGACGCCGCCCAGCCUCGACCAACACCUUUUGCUUUGCUCCUUUGCUUUCGUUUUUCUCCGAGAAAAUUCUCGAAGAAACGUCGUGAGGGUCAGCCAGUUUUCUUCCUCGCAACCAGCGCCCUCCCUCAGCCUCCGACACGUCGGCACCAAUUUCCCAGCGUGUAUAUCAAAAUGGCGAAAGGAUUUCGCUUUCUCAACCUGAUCAAGCCGGUCAUGUGCAUCCUGCCGGAGGUGCAGGCACCCGACCGCAAGAUCCCCUUCAAGGAGAAGGUGCUCUGGACCUUGGUCUCCCUGGCUGUCUUCCUCAUCUGCUGUCAAAUUCCUCUCUAUGGCAUUCGCACAAACAAGAGCGCAGAUCCGUUCUACUGGAUGCGAGUCAUCCUCGCAUCCAACCGAGGAACUCUCAUGGAGCUCGGUAUUUCUCCGAUCGUGACUAGUGGAAUGGUCAUGCAGCUCUUGGCUGGCAGCCGCAUCAUCCAGGUCGACCAGUCUCUCAAGGAAGAUCGCGCUCUCUUCCAAGGAGCUCAAAAGCUGCUCGGCUUGAUCAUCACAGUCGGAGAGGCCGUCGCGUACGUGAUCAGCGGCAUGUACGGCGACAUCCACGACCUGGGCGCGACCAACGCCGUGCUUAUUAUCCUCCAGUUGUUCUUCUCCGGCGUCGUCGUCAUCAUCCUCGACGAGCUCCUGCAGAAGGGAUACGGUCUCGGCAGUGGAAUUUCUCUGUUCAUCGCCACCAACAUCUGCGAAACAAUCGUGUGGAAGGCCUUCAGUCCGACGACGAUCAAGACUGGGAAGGGAACGGAGUUCGAGGGUGCGCUGGUCGCGUUGUUUCACUGUUUGUUCACCAAGUCGAACAACAUCGUGGCUCUGAAGGAGGCGUUUUACCGGUCGAACGCACCGAACAUCACUUCGCUGCUGGCGACGAUUCUGGUCUUCCUCAUCGUCAUCUACUUCCAAGGAUUCCGAGUGGACCUCGCGGUGAAGUACCAGCGCGUGCGCGGCCAGCAGGGCAGCUACCCUAUCAAGCUGUUCUACACCUCGAACAUUCCAAUCAUUCUGCAGACUGCGCUCGUCUCCAACCUCUACUUCCUCUCUCAGCUGCUCUACCGGCGGUUCAAGACGAACGUCUUGGUCAAUCUCCUCGGUCAGUGGCAAGAAGUCGACGUCGGCGGACACUCUGUGCCUGUUGGAGGCAUUGCGUACUACAUUUCGCCGCCCGGAUCCUUCGGGGACAUCCUGGAGGACCCCCUGCAUGCGUUCAUCUACAUCACCUUCGUCCUCGUCAGCUGUGCUCUCUUCAGCAAAACGUGGAUCGAAGUUAGUGGCAGCAGCGCUCGCGAUGUCGCCAAGCAACUCCGCGACCAGCAGAUGGUCAUGAAGGGGUACCGCGACUCCUCCCUCGUCCAGGUUCUCAAUCGCUACAUCCCCACUGCGGCUGCCUUCGGUGGCAUGUGCAUUGGAGCUCUGACCAUCAUUGCGGACUUCUUGGGGGCGAUCGGAAGUGGAACGGGUAUUCUCCUCGCCGUCACCAUCAUCUACCAGUACUACGAGAUGCUGGCGAAGGAACGCGAACAAGGCAACUCGAUUUUCUAGGCUGUGGCGCGCACAGCCGCUUCUCCUCUGUCUUCCUCUCGCGUUUUCUUCUGUCACUUCCUGUGCGCCAAUGCGUUUUCCCCUGUGUUCUUUCUCUUCUUCGCGCCGCGAAAGUGUGGUGCGUCCCGGAGUUCUUGUGGUUCUUCGCUGUCUGAUUCUCUGGGUUGUCUCAUCUCUCUGAGUGAGGCUGCUGGACGUGUGGAUCUCUCGGCUUCCCGUCAGGGGAAGGACGAAGAACGAGGCCUGCUGAGGCUGAAAAAAUCAGUGUCUCUCUCUGUCAGAAUGCGCAGAGAAGAACUUUGUUUUCCUGGACUUCCUCUGCAAGCGGGUGCUGUGGCUCGCGCAGGGCAACUGGCGAGGCGUCGCCGGUGUCUCUGAACCUGCGACGGCAAUCGAGAGGGGAAACGGCGCACAGAGCAUGUUUCUCUGGAUCAAGUGAGUGAGGCGGGGUCUGCGUGUGCGUCGUCGGCUCGUCGAGAUGCAGGAGAGUCUCUCUGUGUUCGUUUGUUGGUUUGCGGCUAGUCGCGGUGUUGGUGUCGGCCGUCUCUGCCUUCUUGCCUUCUCUGGGCGCGUUGCACGGUCUCUGCGUCCGUCCCUCUCCAGUCCACUCGUUUCGGAAUUCCGGUUGUUUCUGUGCGGAGAACAAAAACGAAUCUCGGAUGCCCAGCGGAAAAAAGUUGCCGCGCCGAAACGAGGUGACUAGGAGCCAAGGAGUGACCG